UGACAUGAAAAUCGAUCAUUAUAGGCAUAUUGUACCAAUAGUUCUCCUGAAGAAACGAUGUACAAGAACUUUCUUGCAACACAGAAAACAGUUCUGAUAGUUUAUGCUCAUUCCGAGCCUAAAUCAUUUAAUGCUGCACUUCGCGACACAGCUGUUAAAACUCUUAAAGCCCAGGGAUAUAAUGUUUUAGUGUCCGACCUUUACGCACAACAUUUUCAACCAGUGAUUUCAAAAACAGAUAUUAUAGGUGAACUCGGAGAUCCAAAACAUUUCAAUUAUCCAAAUGAAGUCGGUGCAGCCUAUAAAAAAGACAGUUUGUGCUUAGAUAUCAAACAAGAAAUAGAAAAGUUAAAAUUGGCUGACUUGGUUAUUUUUCAAUUUCCAAUGCAAUCCUCAGUUCCAGCUAUUCUCAAGGGUUGGUUUGAGCGAGUUCUCAUUAAAGAUUUUGCAUUCAGCUUUCUAAAUAUGUUUGAUGAAGGACUUCUUAAGGGAAAGAAAUGUGUUUUAUCAAUGACAACAGGAAGUCCAGGAGGAAUGUUUACACCUAAUGGUUUGCUAGGAGACUGAGAUGUUAUUCUUUGGCCUAUUCAGUAUUGCACACUUCGAGGUUGUGGAUUUGAUGUUCUGAAGCCACAUUGUAUAUUUUCACCUGCGUAUGCUGAUGUCAAACAGAGGGAACAAAUGCUAAAUGAUUGGAGUACUCGCUUAAAGAACAUUUUAACAGAAGAACCCAUAGUUUUCCUAUCAAUAUCUAAUUUUGAUGCAAAUAAAGGGUUUGUAAUGUCAGACAAUUAUGUGGAGGAGCAAAAGAAUAAAGAAAACGGACCGUCUGUUGGACAUCAUCUAGGUAAAAAAUUACCACUCUGA